AUGGCCGGUUAUACGCUUGUGCCAUUAGCUGGUGAGCGGAAAGAUGUAUGGAAGACAUUUGGUUUUAAAGUAGAUUCUAGUGGUGUAAUAACAAAUAAUAAAAAAGUUACUUGCCGUAACUGCUCACUGUCAAUAGCAUAUUCCGGUAACACAACAAAUCUAAAAUCACACAUACAACAAUGCACGAAAGUCCCUUCUAAAUCCGAAACAUCCACAAUAUCAUCAUUUUUUACAAGUUCUAAGUCCAAAUUGUCACUCAAUAGUAAACGCCACAAAGAGCUAACUAGAGAUCUACUGAACUUUGUUGUUAGAGAUGUACGGCCGUUUAAUGUUAUUGAAGGAAAAGGUUUUAGAGCGUUUAUGAAUUUGGCUAUUCCUGAAUAUGUUGUUCCAAGUAACACAACUAUAACAAGACUAUCUGAUCAUAUAACUUCACAAAAAAAAAUUAACUUUAAAAGCCAUCUUCAAAAAAUACCUAAUAUUUGCCUUACUAUUGAUUUUUGGACAUCACGAGCCGUAGUUGGUAUAACAUGUCAUUAUAUUGAAAAUUGGAAGUUAAAAAGUAGAGUGUUAGAGACGACAGUGAACAUUGAAGAGGCUCACACAUCAUCGAACAUUAUGAAUAAUCUCAAUACAAUCAUUAAGGAUUAUUGGGAAAUUGAUGGGAAAGUAUGUGUAAUAGUCUGUGACAAUGCACCAAAUAUGACUAAGGCGGUAAAAAUUUGA